GGGAUGAAUUCCGGUAGUUUUAGGACAAAUUUAAGCAUUAAUUUAAGUGGGAUUUAUGUGAUUGAGUGUUAAUUGACUGCUGUGUGAUUUUUGGAGAAAAUCCCGUGAGAUUAGCUAGUGUUUUGGCCAAUUUUGGAAGUUGGAGUUACUGUUCACGUCGAGGUUCUUGAUCCUUGGGGUACUUUAGUACGUGAAUUGAGUGCUCGGUUUUAUGCGAUUUGAGAAAGCGAAACCGAGAACGGGGAAACCCAAGGGAAGUGAUGAGUUAGAAGGACCCUCUCACGAGUGCACGGCGUCUGCCACGUCUCCGGAUUUGGGUUCUGGGGCGUGACAGGAUGUAAAAUUAACUUUCCUUAAUAGUGUCCUGUAAAAGGGAAUCUAUAUUGAACAACCACCUAGGUUCGAGAUUACAAGAAAGGAAGAUUGUGUUUAUAAGCUUAAUAAGGCUUUGUAUGGUCUAAAAUAAGCACUAAAGACCGGCUAUUGCAAAAUUGAUGACUACUUGAUGAGUUAAGGCUUUAGGAGGAGCACAGAAGAAGCAACUUUGUAUGUGAAAGGUAGCAGCAAUGAAUCUCAACUUAUUUUGUUACUUUAUGUGGAUGAAUUAUUGUCAAUUGGAAAUGAUUUGAAGUUAUUGGAACAAUUCAAGAAGGUUAUGAUGCAAGAGUUUGCAAUGACAAAUUUGGGAGAGACAAAGUAUUUUUUAGGGCUUGAAGUUUUGCAAUUAAGCAAGGGAAUUUUCAUUUACCAAAGAAAGUAUGCACUAGAUAUCUUAAAGAAGUGUGAAAUGGAGAACUGUAAACCAAUUGUCACUUCAUUGAUUCAAAAUGAAAGCUUUUCGAGGAUGAUCGAGAAACCAAGUAAUCAACGAGGAAAGGUUACAUGGGUAUGCUGAUGGUGAUUGGGCACGUUCUAUGGAGGAUAUGGGCACAAUGGGUCAUGUGUUCUCCUUUGGUUCCAAGAGUUUCUCUUGGAAUUCAAAGAAGCAAGAUGUUGUAGCUCAGUCCAUAGCUAAGGCUGAGUAUUUAUUAGCUAAAGCAAUAGCAAAUCAAGUUGUUUGGCUCAUAAUGGUGCUUGAAAAACUUGGUUCUGAUCAAAUUGAGCCUUGUGUACUCAAGAUAGAUAACAUGUCAACAAUUACUAUUGUUCAAAAUCCAAUGUAGCACGGUAGGACCAAACACAUCAAGAUCAAAUACCAUGUUAUCAAAAAUUAUGUGCAGGACAAAGAGAUUGUUUUGCAACGUUGUAAUUCUAAAGUUCAAGUUGUAGAUAUCCAAACUAAAGCUCUUUUGAGGCAAAAAUUUGAAGAGUUCAGAAAUAUGCUUGGAGUUACAAAUAUAAAAAAGCAAGGAGAGUGUUGAAGAUAGUAACUAGUAGUUAUGAUUUUAAUUUGUAACUGUUCUUUUUAAUUUUUUGUAAUUAGUGUUUAUGUUUUCUACUAGUUUGCUUUUGCAGAAACUAUUAUGUAUGAGUUGCAUAUAUUUUCAACAACUCUUAUGUCUUGAUAUGAAUCUAAAAUGAAAGAGAGCUCCAUAU